AGAGCAUAACACGAUAAGACUCAUACUCUGCUGCUGUAUGCUCUUCUUGAGAAGAUUCGCUACUAUGGCACAAGCUCAUUCUCGGCCGAGGCGCUUUGCUCCGCUCGAGCAGCCAGCUGAAGCUCAUGCGGGAGGGACGGAGUUCAAACCUUUGAGAGGCAUAAUAUUUGACAUGGACGGGACACUCUGCGAGCCACAGAACUACAUGUUCGGCGAGAUGCGGAAUGCUCUUGGAAUCGAGAAACCGACCGAUAUCCUCGACCAUAUCUACUCGCUACCCGACGAAGAACAGGAAAUUGCCAUGGAGAAGAUCCGUGCAAUCGAACGGCAAGCGAUGACGCUACAGAAACCGCAAGCUGGACUUAUAAUGCUGAUGGCGUAUAUCGAAUCGAAGGGCAUCCCCAAAGCGAUUUGCACCCGGAACUUUGACGGCCCGGUCAACCAUCUGCUUGGACGAUACCUCACCGAGCACCACUUUCAUCCAAUAGUGACACGAGAAUUCAGACCGGCAAAGCCGGAUCCUGCAGGUAUCCUUCAUAUCGCGUCGGAAUGGGGCCUCGAUGGUGCAGCAAGCGUGAUAAUGGUCGGAGACAGCUUGGAUGAUAUGACGGCCGGUUAUCGGGCUGGUGCGGCGACGGUACUCCUAAUGAACGAGACGAAUCAGGUGCUGGCGGAUCAUGAGCAUACGGAUUUAACGAUACGCAGAUUGGAUGAACUCAUCGACAUUCUGGACAAUGGAUUCCAAGGACGGCUAGACUCAUGAUAUGCGCCCUCCUCGGAUCGCAAUAUGCCAUAGACUGCUAGAAUAUUGGAACGAGUUUCAUUUUCAUCUACGGAGGAGAGCAGAGUCAGGUAAAACCGACCUUGCAACAAAGUAGG